CUGGUAGGUCUUGACUUUUCCGUUGAGGGAUGUGAGGGAUGUGAGGGAUGAAGAGGCUGGACUCAGAAACAUGGAGCAGUUUUACGUGGAGUAUUGGAGAUGGACCCUAAAAGAAGUAAAAAUUGAGGACUAGAUUGUCUAGACGCACAAAUUCGCCGCUGGCUUCAGAUCAGAUAUUUCUGAUAAUCUUAUAUCACGGGUUUCCUCCCCGAGGGGCUGGCUCUCGUUGCUCUGCUACAGAUGCAAGCUGCAGUUCAACUCAUCAUGGAUCCCCAGACGUCGAUUGAAGAAAGUGCUGCAGCAAUGACGGAGGUCAACCUCAAUGCCUUCAACAUAGAGGCCUUCACACUACUUGGCAUUGCGUUGCUUGUCACCGUGUUGAGGUCGUGUGUGCGGAUCAGGACUGUGGGAUGCAGGAACCUCUGGGCAGAUGACUAUCUCGUCAUUUUGGCUGCUGGUAUUUACGCCAUAGAAACAGGACUCGCAUACUCGGUCGGGAAUAUUGCUCAAGGGCUGGCCAACAACUCAAUGACCGAAGAGCAACGGGCCUCUUUACAACCAGAAGAUCAUGAAUAUCAGCUUCGUAUCAUUGGCUCGAAGAUCCAAAUCGCCUUAUGGGCAACUUACUCAUCCCUCCUCUGGAUCCUCAAAGGAGCCAUGUGCACUUUCUACUAUCGACUUACAAAAGACCUUCAAAGCCACCGAGUUCGAGUCAUCGUCGGCUUUGGCUUCAUAAUUUCUUCUUUUGUUGUUGUACAAAUGAACCUUCUUCUCAGUUGUCGCCCAUUCGACCACUGGUGGCAGAUCUUCCCUGAUCCCGGAGCCUUCUGCCAUGCUGCCAUUUCACCUGCUUUGAUAUGGACUUGUCUCGCUUUCAACUUGGCAACUGACUUUUACCUCAUCAUGAUCCCUAUGCCCAUGCUUUGGAAGGCUGCUAUGCCUUGGCCUCAAAAGGCCGGACUCAUUGCUCUGUUCAGCUGUGGGUUGUUUGUCACCAUGGCUGCUAUCCUUCGAGUCGUGCUGCUUGUGUCUGAUCCAAUCAAUGGCCCUCAACUCGCAGCUUCUUGGGCGGUUCGCGAGACCUUUGUCGCUAUCAUGACAACAAACAUCCCCAUGCUAUUCCCUACGUUAAGAAAUGGGCUGUCCCCAUGUCGAAAGAGCUGGUUCCUCCCUGAGCGUGCACAGAACUCCACCUAA